GCCAUGGCCACUGAGAGCCCCUUGGAAAGUCUCCAGGAGGAAGCUACGUGCCCCAUCUGUCUGGAGUAUUUUAAGGACCCUGUGAUUAUAGAGUGUGGGCACAAUUUCUGCCGAGCCUGCAUCGCCCAGUGCUGGGAGGGAUCAAAUACAGACGUCUCCUGCCCUCAGUGCAGAGAAACUGUGCAACAAGGAAACCUCAGGCCGAACAGGCAGCUGGCAAAUAUGGUAGAAAUGGUCAAACGGCUGAGUUUACAGGCAGCAAAGGGAGCAGGAGAGGAGAGGGUGUGUGGGGAACACCAGGAGACUCUGAAACUGUUCUGUGAAGAGGAUCAAACAUCCAUCUGUCUGGUUUGCCAUCUGUCCCGGGCUCACAGAGCUCACAGGGUGGUCCCCUUAGAGGAGGCUGCCCAGGAGAACAAGGAAAGAAUCCAGGCCCAUUUGAAGACUCUGAGGGAAGAGAGAGAAAAGGUGCUGGGAUUGAAAGCGACUGAAGAGGCAAAAAGCCAGGAGUAUCUGAAACAAACACAAACCGAGAGGCAGAAGAUUGUGUCUGAAUUUCAGCAACUGCGGCAAUUCCUGGAGGAACAAGAGCAACUCCUGCUGGCCCAGCUGGAGAAGCUGGAUGAGGAGAUUGUGAGGAUCCAGAAUGAAAAUGUCAGUAAACUCUCUGAGCAAAUUUCCCAUCUGAGUGAGCUGAUCCGUGAGAUGGAGGGGAAGUGUCAGAAGCCAGCAAGUGAAUUCCUGCAGGAUAUUAGAAGUGCCUUCAGCAGGUGUGAGAAGGGGAAGUUCCAGCAGCCAGAGGAGAUUUCUCCUGAACUGGAAGAGCGAGUCAGUGAUUUCUCCCAGAAAACGAUUGUGCUGUUGGAGACCCUGGAGAAGUUCAAAGACACUCUGCCAUCUGCACUAGAGACAAAAAGAGGAGGAUCCCUAGGAGCAUUCAGACAGGCGACUGUGACUCUGGAUCCAGACACGGCUCAUCCCCAACUCGUCCUGUCUGAGGAUCAGAAAAGUGUGAGAUGGGGAGACACACGGCAGCAACUGCCCAACAACCCCGAGAGAUUUGACUAUUUGCCCUGUGUGCUGGGCUGUGAGGGAUUCACCUCAGGGAGACAUUGCUGGGAGGUGGAGGGGGAGAUGGGGGGUGGGGGAUUCUGGGCCAUGGGGGAGGCCAGAGGGUCUGUGGGCAGGAAGGGACAGAUCAGCCUUCGCUCUGAGGGGGGGAUCUGGGCUGUGGCAUACUGGGAAGGUCAGUUCUGGGCUCUCACCUCCCCUCGCACCCCCCUGCCCCUUAGCCGGGUCCCCAGCAGGAUCCGGGUUUGUCUGGACUGUGACCAGGGGCAGGUGACAUUUAUCGAUGCUGGUGAUGAGGCCCCGAUCUUCACUUUCCCGCCGGGCUCCAUCCCUGGGGAGAGAAUCCGACCCUGGCUCGGGGUGGGGGAAUCCCGGCUCAGACUGUGUCCCUGAGAUGGGCUGAAAUAUCCCACUGGAGAACCAGAAAUCAGCCUCUCUAGCCUCAGUCUCUAUGACCUUGGAGGACUCCUGUUUACCCAGCCCCUGGCACCUCAUCUCUAUGCCCUGUGGAGACCCUUCCCCUUCCCUGCAGCCCUAGGGAUGGAAGGGGCAGGGAUGAAGAACCCCUGAGGCUGCAUAAGGAUCAGAGGGGCCCUGUGGGGGCAGAUGCGGGGGCUGGGCAGGGGGGGCAGAACU